CUCUGAUUUUACAUGUUUACAACUGCACUGACUUCAGUGGAGUUACUCCAGUGAGAUCAGAAUCAGGCCCACUGCAGUCACAUCAGUGAGAGUGAAAAAGCAGGCCUUCUGUGUCUCAUUGGAAACACAGUAAAAUCCUCCAGCACUGAGUUUCAAAACUGUCCUAAUUGUGUGACUUUCCACCCAAAUGAGAGAGACUAGGCAAGCCUGCCCGAACCCUGGAGGCUAAAGCUCUCCUUCAUUUACAGAGGCAAUACUUUACUCUAGGAGAUGAUGCAUGUUCUCUCCAGUAUUAAUAGACUUACUGAGAUGCGUCAAAACCCCCAGCAGAAACACUGAGCAGCACAGCCUGCCUGCCUCAGAAAGAUUUACAAUCUCUGUGGCGUAUCAGUGGGGAACAGGACAGUGUGUGUGCACACAGACAAAGGAGGAGGAAGCAGGGACCACCGGCUGAAGGAGACAGAACUGCAGUCAGGGCAGGAGAAGAGGUAGGAAAGGAGCUUGGCACGGGGGAAAGCCAGAAAGAGAGAAAGGCACCGAGGUACUACAGUGAUGGGGCAGUUAUAACUGACACAGAUGAGAGAAGGUGCAAGGGAGAGCAGAGAUUCUGAGUGAGUCACAGGAGGGCAGACAGGCACAGAGAGGGAGUCCAGAGAGAGCUCUGCCAUCUCAAGAAAGACCUGCCCAGCUGGACUCUUCACCAUGAGCAUGAGGGAGACCUGCACCCAGGAAGUGGGGCCAGGGGAUGGGGAGGAAAAGCGGAGUGAAGGCACCCACAAUUCGGACAGGAGGCAGCACGAGGUGGAGCUGCGGGAUAAAGCCAUCCUACAACAGAAGAGGCGCCUGAAACAGGCUACCCAGUUUGUGCACAAGGAUUCUGCUGACCUGCUGCCCCUGGAUGGCUUGAAGAGGCUGGGCACCUCCAAGGAUCUGCAGCCACACAGUGUGGUACAACGACGCCUCCUGGAGGGGAAUCUGAACAAGCUGCGGGGGGAGAGCAGGGAAUAUACCACAUGGGUUCAAUCCCCACUGGUGAAGGACAAGGAUGACAGGGCAGAAGGGAAUGACAGAAGGAACGAGACUGUGUCCCUGCUCAUACACUGCAAGUGCCAAGGUCAAGUAUUGAGAGCUGCUGUUAACACUGGCUGCCAGCACAACCUCAUCUCCAUGAGCUGUCUGAAACGGCUGGGGCUGGAGGAAGUGUCCGAUGCUGGCAAUGGGGAUCUCUCCCUUCCUGUCCCUAGUGUCAUUGGCCAGGUGGAGUGUGUGGAGGUGCAGCUUGGCCAGGAGACGGUGGUGUGCUCGGCGCUGGUCGUGGAUGAUGAAAUGCUGGAGUUCUGUUUCGGCCUCCAGACUCUGCUGUCUCUCAAGUGCUGCAUCGACUUGGAGGAAGGAGUCCUGCGACUGAAAGCCCUGAGUGAAGAGCUGCCUUUCUUACAUGCCUCUGACGAGCAUGGGCAGUGAUGGGCCGGCUCCCCAUGUCCACAGGGAGGAGACUCUAUGACUUACCGCGGAAACCUGCGGCUGGGGCUGACAUACUUGGACCUUGCUGAGUCCUGCGCUGAGGCUUCCAUGGGGGAGUGAGGAGGUAAACGGGAGCCAGGUGCUGUCCCGCUGUUGAUGCAAGCUGGCCUCUUGUAUGGAGAGUUCUUCCUCCCUGCAAUGGACCCUCCUGCUUGUCCCCAUGUGCUGAGUGAAUAUUCGUUCUCAUUUCUCUCUAUGUCCCCAUUCUCUGUCUGGUUUCUGCUUCUGCCCUUUUAGUGACUUCUUUUUACACUGCCAUGUAUUGAUAACACAGGAAGUGGCACUGCAAGCAGUCUCCAGGGGUUCUGCCUGCAGAGAGAUGGUGGCUUCUUCUAAAGUCUCUGAAGAUUGUUUUAAAAGUUUCCCUUCCCUUUUGGCCGCAGAUCUACCUGGACAGGAGGGGCCUCUCUUUCCCCUGCUGCAUGGGAAGGGCCCUGUAGCCAAUUCUCCCUGUCCUAUGGAGAGCUGGAUUUCAUUACCCUGCACUGGCUCAGAGCAGACUGGAAGGAUUUUACUGGAAGCAGCUUAAAUUGCAGUCACUGCAUUUUAAGAGUUUUCAUUCAAAGCAGGAAGUCUUCUAGGAAGUGCUGAGCUGAAACACCCUGGGAGCGUUGAGCAUACACAGGCGUCAGGCCUGGCCAGCCAGCCUUAGCUACUAGACUCUGUAUUGUAUGAACUCAAGUGCUAGUCUCUCCCCGUUAACCGUAGUAACUGGGCUGACACCUCUGCCAGCCAUGAGCUCCCAUCACCAGAUUUACACACCCAUCAACUCUGCUUCUUCACUCUGAGCUCCAGGGAUUCAACUUAAAUACCACGUGAAUUCCAGGCCUACACCUGCCAUGAGCUCUCCUCCUGGUCCCUGGCGAUUCUACACAGAGACACCAUCAACUUCAACCAUUGGACUUCCACACCCCACUGACUACAUCUCCUGCAUGAAAGCAAAGAACCUGACUCAUUCCCGGUAUCGGCUCAGGUCACAGAGUUACAAACUCAUCUGGGAUGGACAGGACCUUUGGUGGGUCACUUAGUCAUUUCUUCUUCAUACAGGCAGGCUUGAUUUCAUUACUCUAAAAGCAUCGCUGAUAGAUGAGUAUGUAGUCUCAAGGGACAGACACUCAUGCCAUUCCCAAAUGGAUGUAUUGGUUAAUUUUUGUUUCUAAUCAUUGACUAAAAUUUUCUGUUCUACAAUUUGUGCCCAGUUACAUCUUUUCUCCUCAGCGACUAAUGAGAAUAACUGAUGCCAGCCCUCUUCAUAACAUCCUUUCAUCCACUUGUAGAUGGUUCCGACAUCCCCUCUCUGCAAUCUUUUUCCUGGACCUAACUGGGUCUCUUUGUGGGUCUCACUUGUCAAACAUUUUAUUAUUUCUCCUGUACUCAUUUGAGCUCUCCGGUUUAUCUUUUUUUUGGUAAAAGUGUUGCUCUAAACUGCAUGCAGGACUCCGAGGCUUAACCAGUGCUAAGAAGAGUGGAAUAAUUACCCUACUAAUUUUACAUAUAAUACUCCUGUCGAUGUGGCUCAGAAUGGCAUCUGCCCCUCUUAAUAGCAGUGUUGGACUGUUGACUCUUAUUCAGUUCAUCACCCAUUAUAUCCUGCAGCUCUUUUUCUGUGGCAUGGCUGCCUAGUUCAUUGUUUUGCAAUUGUGCAUCUGAUGAUUCCUUCCUAUGUGAAGCACUCAACAUAUCUUUCCUGAAUAAUACCAGUAAUUUAAAGGCCUUGUCUCAUAUCUGUCAUGAUUGUCCUGUAUUAUGGUCCUAUCCCUCUGCAGUCCCUCCUGGAUCUGUAUUGUUUGUGCAUCUGAAUCUGUAAUGACAAUAUUGACUGGUAUUGGAACCUCCUUCAGAUCUGACAUUGACUCUUGAAUGAGUACAAUUUGUUGAAUGUUAUUCAUUUUUAUAUCCCAUCCUGUAGCAACUCGUCUAGUCCAUAACUCUCGAGUUUCACUCAAAGGAUGGGUUGUGGAAAUGAAUCAAAUAACCGGCUGAAAGCAAUAGCUAUUACGUCCAUUGCAUUUCCUUUAUCCAUUAAGUUUUUUCAUCAAACAAACAAACAAAACCUAAGAGCCCUCUCUAGC